AUGAGACGUAAAGGAGGACGUGUUGUGAGUUUCGCUAAGGAGACCAUUUUUCUAGAUGAGGAACCAGCUAACUUCUUUACCCGUGAGGAAGUCGUGUUGGGUAUUGAGACGUCUCCUCCCGCACCAUCUUCUUCCUCUUCAUUGUCGUCCUCAUCCUCGCCAUCGCGGUGGCACCCUUCCAAACGAACCCUCGACAAAGGUGACGUUACCACCACGUCCGUAGCGGCGUCGUCGUUGGAUAUCUUUUCGAGAUUCCAAAGCCACAACGGCGACUUUGAGGCGAAGUGGCUGCUGCUCGAGGACGAUCUCCCGGUGGAUGCGGGCAAGCCGCCGAUCAGCGAGGAGCUCUUGGAUAAGUUAAAACUCAGCCAGCGCCGGAUUGGUACCACCCGCAAUGCGAGGGCGGAUGGGUUGAAUGAGAAGCUAACCCCCGCAACAAUGGGAGGUCAAGAAACGAAUAUCAGCGAUGGGAAGCCCCUCGCGGAGCCGCGCAGGGGGUCCCAACCACCCCUCUCCGAUGGCGACCGCAGCGCUAUCGAACCCCAAACCAACGCGAAGGGGCGUAGCGAGGAGCGCGAACGCGGCGCCGCGGCGGCGGCCCUGGAGGAGGGUGGGAUACGGGGCGAUUACCUCCUCUUUUCCACCGCCUCCUCGCGGCAGGGGGCGGGAACGGCGGCCGGGCUCUCCGUGAAUCAGCUCCAGGCGUCGGUCGCGAUUUCCCCAAAGAGCGAAGUGAACGACCGCGCGGCCUCGCGGGGAUUUCUGGAUCGCAUCCAAGGGGCUUCCCUCCCGUCGCCAUCGACGUCGGAUGCGCCCUCGCUUUCCCGGAUGGUCCCCCUUUGGAGCGUCGCGCGGAUGGAAAAAGAAGGGGGGUACUGCGCCGACAGCCCCCUCGUCGCGCUCCAUCAGGAAAUAACCGAUUUGGUGGAUUAUUUACGCCCGACGCAGGCCGAGGUUUCGAUCCGUCGGAUGAUCGAGAUGGAGAUUUCCCGCAUCGCGCGGCGGCUCUGGCCGGACUGUGAGCCGAUCGUCUACGGCAGCCUCUACACGCAGCUGAUGCUGCCGCUCUCGGAUGUGGAUAUCACCAUCACGAACGUGCCGAUCGCGCCGGAGGAGGCGCUGACGGUGCUCGCGCGGGAGAUCAGCCAGGCCGGCCUCUGCGAUGCCGCCUACCCGCAGCUCAUUUUAAAAACCAAAGUCCCGUUGGUGAAGUUUCAACACAAGGGAUCCCUCGUGGAUGUCGAUAUCAGCAUCAACGCCGGGGAUGGGAAGAAGAACUCCGAUAUCGUGCACGCCCUUCUCGCGAACUUCCCCGAGGCGCAGCCGUUGAUUGUCGUGAUUAAAUACUUUUUACAACAACGGGAUAUGGCGGAGCCGUAUCGUGGCGGCCUCGGCUCCUACGCCACGACGCUUCUCGUGAUUUCGUUUUUGCAAUCCCACCCGAUUCACACGACGCGGCCGGAGGAGCGCGCGGUGAGCGGCCUCGGCCGGCUUCUUGUGGAUUUCUUCCGUUUCUACGGGAUGUACUGGAAUUACCACCAGUGCGGGGUUUCCGUCGAAAAGGGUCGGAUGUUCUUCCCCCGCGAGGACGACUUGGUGGGGUUCUCGCCAACCUCACCCUCCUCGCCACGGAGCCCCUCCGGCCCCGCGCAGGCCUGGAUCGAGGAUCCCGGCAACCCCGCGAACAACGCCGCGAGUUCGUUGCGCAAUUUUCACGUCAUUUCCUCCCUUUUCUCGCACGCGUACUUCGCCUUGACGGCGGAGUUGCCGCCGCCGUCGUCGGAGGAGCUUUCGGAGCAAUCCCCCGCCGCGGCGAGCCUCUCGCGGCGGCCGACCGUUCUCUCCCGGAUUCUUCACGUGGAUGCGAAUAUGGUGUGGAAACGGCUGCUGAUUGCGGAGGCCUACGACACGCUUUGUGCGGAGCGCGCCGCAUUUAUGGCGGAGGUUCGUGAAUACCGUCGGAUGGAGGAUGGGAAGAUGUUGGCAGGGGUCGGGGGGGUCCUCACCCCGCAAAAGACCGCCACGAGUGGGGAAUAUCGCACCCUGGCGAGUUUGGUGGCCUCUGCGCGAGGGCGGGCGGCGGGGGAGGGCCCCUCGACGGCGAAAGAAUCAUUCGAUUCGGGCGUGAAACCGGCGGGAAAGCGACGUCGGGAGGGCGUAAACGAUGCGGACGAUCACGGCGAGGACGGCAGAGGGAGUGGGAGUAGCGCGAGCUCCACACGACGUGAGGGGGAUCGCGGGAUGAAACGGCGGAGUCGCUCACGGGUGGAAGGCACCACGACGGGAAGGUGGUCGUAA